CCCUCCUUUCUCUCUUCUCAAAAUGUCGCCUCCCGCUAAUGUGGUGCAACGUGACGGCGAAUAAAGCGUCACCUUUUAAAGUUCGCUUUCGUCAAACGACGAUUGCAGAGGACAGUGAGGGAAUUUUCGGUGCCUCGCUGUGUCGACAUAAUCGAGGGGGGCUAUCAGCUGUGCCACUGCUGGGCCCAGCGCAUGCGCAUUCGAGGUUUCGACGGCGUCUGAAUGGCCGAAAAUGCAUAAACUGAAGUCGUCCCAAAAGGAGAAAGUCAAGCAGUUCAUCGCGUUCACGCAGACCGGAGAGAAGACGGCGAUCUACUGCCUAGCGCAGCACGACUGGAAACUCGAUGUGGCAUCGGACAAUUUCUUCCAAAAUCCAGACAUGUACUACAGGGAACCCAAAGGAUCGGUCGACAGAAAGAAGCUCGAGCACCUCUUCAACAAAUACAAAGAUCCUCACGAGCCCGAUAAGAUGACUGUCGACGGCAUUAUGCGAUUCCUCGAAGAUUUAGGCCUUAGUCCUGAAAGUAAACUAGUGCUCAUAAUCGCAUGGAAGUUCAAGGCCGUCACGCAGUGUGAAUUCACCAGGGAAGAGUUCAUGACGGGAAUGUCGGAGCUGGGGUGUGACAGCAUCGAGAAGUUGAAAGGCAAGCUAACAGCUCUAGAGCCCGAGCUGAAGGAGCCUCUGAAGUUCAAGGAUUUUUAUAAUUUCACAUUCAACUAUGCCAAGAACCCUGGUCAGAAAGGCUUGGAUCUGGAUAUGGCGAUAGCGUACUGGAACAUCGUGUUUCCGGGGAGGUUCAAAUUUCUCAGCUUGUGGUGUGAUUUUCUGCAGGAACACCACAAAAGGUCCAUACCGAAGGACACUUGGAAUUUGCUCCUAGAUUUCAGUAGUAUGAUAGCAGACGACAUGAGCAACUAUGACGAAGAAGGCGCCUGGCCCGUGCUGAUUGACGACUUUGUGGAAUGGGCGCGGCCGCUCGUCCAAGGCUCCAAGAACAACAGCACCAAGCACCUCCAGUGAUGUGAUCGCCAAGAGAUUCAGCAGUUGUUUCUUUUUUUUUUUCUUCUGUUGGUUUGUGUACACAUUUGUAAAUAGACCAUUGAACAUCUGUGCAACAGUCUGAACGAACUGUUUUUUUUUUCCCCCUCCGAGAGUUGGGCUGUUCUUUUCGCGUGUGACUUUGGCGAGCCAGCGCUUUUUGUUUUUGCUCGGAUUUGCAAUGCUUGUGAAGAUUGGUGCUUGUAGAGGAAUUGCCAGUGUGAUGCGCGGAAGUGUUAAGAAUGAGGUAUAUUUUGCUCUCCGAAACUUGGAACGACUUGGAAAUUAUUUGCAGCACACCACGAAAAGAAAGGUAUGGCCUACAAGGUGCAGUGUGUGUCAUCGUUCUACGUAACUAUACCUAGGUGCUUGUGCUUUGCUGCACUUGCGGGCGGAACUUAGACUCGGGAUUAUUUCGGACGGAACGAAGUCUGCUACCGCGCUGUGGGUUCGCCGAGAGGUGCGUGUGUACACAUGUGAAGCAUGACCCAACUUUUCUGUUUCUGGCUGAGCUUUUAAUAGGUUAUAACAAGAACCAGAACUUGGUGAUUGAUUUUGUCGAUUGAAGCUGAGUUUGGCUUAAAUCUGAAUGUCUUUGUACAACAAAUGACUUCCUUUCUUUUUUUCUUGUGAAGUGGCUCAAGACUGGAAUGUUUGUCUUUCACUUUUUUUUUUUUUUUUU